AUGACCGCUCAGCUGCUGGCUUCCGAGCUAAACAACCUCAUCCAGGAGAGCAAACGGAAACACAAUGAUCUCCGUCAGGCAGCCGAGAAGUCCCUGGAGGAGUUGAAGAGCUUGAGAGCAAACUCCGAAGCUCAGGUUGGACCUGAACUUGCCCAGAAAGUCAGCUUUGUGAAUCCCUUCAUCAUCGCUUGUGGCACAAAGAAUGCCAAGUUCACCGGGAUAGCCAUUGUCUGCCUGCAACGGCUGAUCGUGUCGCGAGCCCUGCCAAGGUCAAGGCUGAACCAAGUCCUUGAAGCCCUGCAGCAAGCCACAUCUGCUGGCCUCGAUGUCCAGCUCAAGAUUCUUCAAGCCUUGCCAUCUCUGCUCUCUAACUAUGCCACCGAUAUCAGGGGCGAGCUCCUAGUGACAGCUCUCAACAUCACCUUUAUUCUUCAGUCAAGCAAGAAUGCCAUUAUCAAUAACACCUCCGCUGCCACCCUCCAGCAGCUGGUCGUCUCGGUAUUUGAUAAGGUGGUGACCGAAGAUAAGUCGGGUUCCGAUGCGCCGUCGGUUGGGGAGGCGCCAACCGAAGGUGGGGCCGUCCCUCUCAAAGCUGCUGCUCUUGACGCCUAUCGUGUCUUCAAUGACUUGUGUCUCCUGACAGAGUCUCAACGGCCUGAGUAUCUCAGGUUCUCUGGCCUCACCCAGACCUUUGGCCUCGAGUUGAUAGAAUCAGUCCUGACCAACCAUGCUGGCAUCUUCUCAACACAUCCGGAGCAGGCCUAUGUGCUGCGUACCAGGGUGAUGCCGUUUAUUCUUAGCUCGCUCCGGGGGAAGCCGAAUUUCGCAACCGGAGUUCGACUGGUUCGGAUUCUCUACACCCUGUUGCGCAGACACAUUGCGAUACUCCCGGUGGAGAGUGGAGACGCAAUGGAUGUUUUGACUCUUCUUCUAGACCAGGACACUGCGUUGUGGAAAAGGUCGUUGUGUAUGGAGGUAUUUAGGGGUAUAUUUGCCGAGCCUGGUCUGGUGCGACGGAUAUACAUGCUCUAUGAUGCCAAGGACGGGGAGAAGGACAUUCUGAAGAACCUGACGGCGACCUUCGUUCGAGUCAGUACAGAGAAGCCGUCGAUAAUCGGGCUCGGUCAUCAGUCGACCAUACCGGUUGCGAGUCCGUUUGCCGGUAUUAGCGCCUCGACCGAGCAGGCAAUGCUCGAGGCAAGCGGCGUUACGGGGAUUAUAUCCGGCUCUGUCGGGUCGGAUGCUCAUAAUACUGGCAUCAGCACGAAGUGGAGCUCGAUGCGCUUCCCUUGCAUCGACCAACUGGAUAAGACGGAGCCCCCCACGAUCCCCGAGUCCUAUAUCUAUAGUCUCACGUUGGCCUGCAUAACGUCGCUUUCAGAGGGCCUCGCCAAGUUUAUCCUCCCGCUUACAGUUCCCGGCGAUAAUCGGAAUAGAAAACGAAACGCGAAACAGGAGGUAGGACGUUCCUCGCCAGCACCAGGGGAUGAUGGGUCCAACUCGCCGUCUACUCGCGUCCCACUAGACCGGUCUGCCUCUUUCAAAAAGAACCCCGUUCCCAUCAAUCCUCUUAUGCUGGAAGAUCACCCCCUGCACGCCGAGGUCAAGAUCUGUGCCGAGUUCAUUGACGAGUGUUGGCCUGCAAUUCUGGCCACUUGCUCCACCUUCCUGUAUGCAGCCUUGGACUCGGAGUACUACCACGGGUUGGUGCGAGCCUUCCAAAAGUUCGCCCACGUUGCCGGUCUUUUGCAGCUCAACAUCCCGCGCGAUGCCUUUCUUACGACCCUUGGUAAGGCUGCCGUUCCACCAAACGUCUUCACCGCCUGCUUGAAUGCCGGUACCCCGCGAACCGCAGCUUCGCCUGCGCAAGCGGAAGCCGCGAAUAGCAUAUUUAACAACGCUCGUGGACUUCUCAGCGUCGAUAGCCUGGUCAGCCAAGCAUCACAGCCUACCGAGAAACCGCGUCAGCAGUCAGUGGAUGGCGGACCUUCGACGCUGAACACGCGGAACCUUCUUUGUCUUAGAGCUCUCCUGAACCUCGGAAUUGCCCUUGGGCCCACUCUUUCCGCAUCGUGGAGCAUCAUUCUCGAAACCCUUCAACAGGCCGACUUCGUCUUGUUUUCCACAGGCAAAACCGCCGGUAGGAUGUCAACUGUCACGAGAGGCUCGGACCAACAAGCCGAGCAGGAGGCAAGCGUUCUGUUAUCCAACUUCAGCUCGGAGAUCAGAGCUGUUGAGACAGCUGCGGCCAGGUUGUUUGAGAGCACCAUCGACUUCCCGAAUCCAGCAUUCGUCGAUGUUGUCACCGCGGUGUGUAACUUGCUGGACAAGCCCGGCGAGCCUCCAUCGGAGCCUAGCAGCAGACCCCAGUCUCCACCUUCUACAGCGCCGUCGCUUAAAGCACCAACGGUUUCUCACCGUCGGGUCCUGAGCAUAUCCACAUCUGCGCUGUCAGGCCCAAACCAAGAAGACCAGUUUGCCCUGGCAAAACUGGGAGACAUUGCGUCUAUUAACCUUGAGCGGCUCCUAACAUAUCCCCCGGAUGUGUCUGGAUGGACGCCCAUGAUAUCCGAGCUGAUCAGCACCCUGGGCUCCAUGCGAAACACGGCUCCUGUUCGACUGCGUGCCGCCGAGACCUUGGUGCGAUUUGUGAUGGAGGCGUCGAAGGCCGUCGCCGCGCAACCGGAGGACGCUCGGGGGAAGGUCCAAGACCGGUUGUUGGAAGCGUUCCGCAAUGCCAUACUCCCCCUCCAAAUGGAAGACCGUCGAGUGACUGUGACAAAUCACGCUGCAGACAUCGACAUUCACAAGGUCAUAUUGGAAGGUCUCAGGGGCGUUCUGGAGAACUGCGGAGAAUCACUCGUGAGUGGCUGGCAGAUCACGUUCGAGAUCGUGGAUACAAUCUUCGUCGACAGGAAAUUUGUCCCGGACGAGGAGAAGGACACAGAGAGACAUGACAAGGUGUUGAUGACACGGUCUCUCAAGCUUAUCCGGCCUUCUUUUGCCUCUCUUCAGCUCAUCUGCUCCGACUUCCUGCCAUCGUUACCCAAUUCUUGCUUCCUCAAUCUUGUCGACACAUUGUACAAGUUCUGCUCUCAAGACGACGAUCUCAACGUCGCACUUACGACUGUGACCUUCUUCUGGGCAAUCUCAGACUUCCUAUCCGGCAAGAGCAAAUCCAUGUCAGUCGCAGAGGGCAUGGUCCAGGGUCCUGGAGACGAAGCUCUUCUUCAGCUCGCCGCUGAUCCGAGCCACCCCGGAUCAGGCGCAGCCUUGUGGAUGCUUCUGCUCCUGAGAUUGACCUCGGUUGCAACGGACGAGCGGUUGGAGCUACGGAACAGUGCUAUUCAGACCCUGAUGCGAAUAAUCUCAGCGUAUGGAGAUAGUCUAAGCCCAGAAGCAUGGCUCAUCACCAUUAGAUCUGUCAUCUUCAAGUUGCUGGCCUCGAUUGAGAGCGAGCUGCGACUUGUUAGCGGGGCCUCGAUCCGAGAUAAGGAGAAAGACAACUGGAAAGACACGGCAAUCGUUGUCAUCCAAGGAGUUUCUGGGCUCUUCGGCUCCUACCUCAGCGUUCUGACUGCGCAUCCGACGUUUGCGUCGGUCUGGCAGGAACUGAUCGUACAUUUCACGACCCUACUAGAUUUCCAAAUACUCGAUGUCAGCGCUGCCACCUUCAGCGCCGUCCGAGACAUCCUGCACAGAUGCAACGAUGGCGAGCAGCGCAGAUUCGGCAAGGACACCAUCGAUCUUGCCUGGGACCUUUGGUCUCGACGCACGCCUGUUGCUAAGGAUGGGAAACAAGACAAUUCCGGGGAUAAUCAGAGAUGUCUUCUCGUCUGGGUGGAAGCCUUGCUUGAGUUGUAUCGGCUCAUCGAGCAGGAUCUGGAUGUUGAGAGAGUCCGCCGGAUGCUCAUCCUGCUUCGGGAAGCGAUGCAACAAGCAACACCAGGGGCGUAUGCGAGCGACAUCGACUACGUAACUCCAUUGCAAGGGCGAAUCCUCGAGGUCUUUCGAACGGUCCGCACCGACCUACCCGGUGCUCCGUCAGCAAUGAUCACCCAGGUUGCUGAGUUUGUCUCUCUUGCAUUUGUUCGGGAGAAUCCGCAGCAGGCGCCGACACAGACACGCACGUAUGUCGCCAUGUCGAAGGAAAGCAUGUCCAUACUCCAAUCCCUCAUCAUCAGGAACGCCACCGAGCUCGACAUCUACACCACUGGGGCAUUUGCUACGGCUCUGUCUGCUCUGGCAAAGCCAGUCGUGCUGAAAUACGGAUUCCCCAUCGUUACCAAGUCAGCUCAGCCGUGGAGAGAGGCAACCACUUCCUUCCUGGCAAUUCUCGAGGCGGCGUUGCCUCAUGCCCGGGCGGUUAGCAUCCCGCGAGCAGUCUUUCACGAUAUCUGGCACAUGAUCGUGUCAGUUGCGAAUGGCAUCAUCAGUGCAGAAUGUGACAGUGCCCCGCCAAACAGGGACCUAAGGGAGGACCAAGACUUUGACAUCGACUCGUUCCACAAGCUGCGAGAACUGAUAAUCCCUUCUCUCGGCGCAGAAUCCAUUCCCGACAAGACCAGGAAGCUCUACGCCGAGGGGCUCUUCCGGACAUCCAUCAUCCACGCCCCUGCCCCUGCUGAGGCCUCGAUCAUCUACGGUGGCAGCGGGGAUGCGGUCGGCCUAAGCGCACUCUUCAAACAGCGCAGAGGGCGGACGAUAGAUCCCCCGCCCAUGAGGCGUAGCAAGAUGGGCUAUGUCUGCCUCGACGAACUUUUCUCCCUCGUCGCCGUCCACGACGAAACCACCGCCGCACCCACGAUUCUCGUCCAACCGCCGACGCCCCGGCAGCCGCCCCAGCCCAUGGUCCUUCCACCAGCCGGGCCCGGCCCCGACUCCCAGGGCGAACCGGCCACCGCCGAGACCGCGCACGGUCUUCACGUCCGCCUCGCACGCACCGCGGCUCCCUACCUGAUCCUCCGGUGCGCGCUCUCGAUGCGUGCGUACAUCGCCGACCAGCCGCUGCGGGGCCGGAUGCCGCAGCCGCUGUCGCAGCGCGGCGAGCUGGUCCGCAUCCUCCGGAGCCUGGUCGCCCUCCGGUCCGAGCCCGACGCCAUACCCGACACCCCCAACGUCGACAGCGAGGCCGGGAAGCACCUGCUGCGCCUGUACCCGCUGCUCGUCGGGGCGGCGCGGACGGCCGGGUCGUCCGGGGACGAGAAGGUGCUCGGCAUCAUCCAGGAGGCGUUGGAAGUUGUUGGACAGGAGCUGGGAGUCUAG